ACUUUAUUUUGUUUUCAGAGGAAUGAUGAAUUUUUAGGAUGAGGGGUAUAUAUUGUUCCCUUGUUCUGUAUCUUCAUGCUUCAGGAUCUGUACUCUCCACAUCAACAGAUCUUAAAGGUGAAAACAUCUGCCCGUACAAUGAUGUGGAAACGAAAACAAUAAAUACAACAUAUCUUCAGGCUGCCCAAAUUAAAGAAUAUAAGUUCUGCCUGACUCAAUUAACAUUAAGAUGUGCUGAAUAUAAAACUGUGAUGGAAACAAAAUGGAAGACGGAAAAUAUUACAAGAGUUGUGAUUAAUAAAGCUUGUUGUGAUGGAUAUAAGGAACAUGAAGGAGCUUGUGUACCCCACUGUACCCGCCCCUGUAUAAACGGAGCAUGUACUGCCCCUGAACAGUGUACUUGUAGUUCAGGAUUCUCAGGGGGCAGAUGUGAGGUAUCUGGUUGUCCUGGUGGCAGAUGGGGUCCCGACUGUGUACAUGAAUGUACAUGUGAGAAUGGUGGGUACUGUAACCAGGUUACUGGUGCCUGCUCAUGUACACCUGGAUACCAGGGGCUCAGGUGCCAAAAUUCGUGUUUUCCUGGAUUCUUUGGAGCUGGUUGUCUGGAGAAAUGUUCAUGCAAUUCUGGAUUCCAGUGUAACCACGUAACUGGAGACUGCUUUCCGUGCAAACCUGGCAGGUAUGGUUCUGGUUGUGAUGAAACAUGUUCCUGUGAUCUAGAGGGAACUGAGAUGUGCUCUAAUGUAGACGGGAAAUGUUACUGCAAGGAUAACAGGUUUGGUUUGAAGUGUCAGAUGUUCUGUCCGUUUGGAUUUGUUAACAACACAUGUCACAGAAGCGCUAUUGAGAAUUCUAGUUGUGAAUGCUCCAACUAUCUUCAUAUCUGUGAUCUAGAGCUAGGAUGUAUUUGUCCAGAAGGACAGGAUUGUGGAGUACAAACCCUUACUCAGGUUCUUGAGCACUCUCCGCUGUCAGAUGAAAUGUCUACCGGAAGCACGACAGCUGUUGUUAUCGCUGUACUGAUAAUUGCUCUAGCAGCUGUUACGUUGAUCAUCGUUUACUACAGGAGGAGAAUGAAGGUAUUGAAAACAGAUUUAGAAAACAGAUCAAUCCGGUAUACUGAGAACACUCAUCCUUAUCAUACUAACCCAGCAGAUAUCGUUAUAACUGACAAUCAUCCACUAGAAGAAUACUCCUCCAGAACUCCUAAGCCAGGAUCCAGAUUACGCUCUCAAGAUUUACGCGAGGUGGCCGGAGUUGAAUUGUUGAACAACCAGCUCAGCCUUGCCAGUCAGCAUCUCCUCGGGAACCAUGCACAGACUGACGAGAGGGUGGAGAAGAAUACAAAUAUUGACAGAUUUAAACUAGGAUUAUUCGAUGAACCAGCUAUGAAAUGCGAUCAGAAGGCCGGGUGUAGUGAGCUAACAGUUAACCUUGAGACCGAGAGUGAAGAUUGUACCAGUGGCGGAGCAUGUGCAAUGGCGGGGUCAAGUCAGGGCGGAGCAAUGGGUUGGAGCCAGGGCGGAGGAGAUGUAAAUAUUCUCCAGGGUCAGAUUCAGAACGAGAAAACAGUAAAGCCUAGUCUAAGCCUAACAUUUAAAAACAAUAUAAGCAGAAAUGUGGAAAAAACUAAUUCAAAUAAAGAAGAAGAGCUUUGUCAUCAAAAACAGAUUGAUUGAUUUAUUUAACAAUGAUUAGUUAAUCUUGUUAUUGAUUGUUAUGAAUGUAUUAACUUGAAAGAUUUGAUUUUUGAUUUUUCUAAAUCAUGUUCGUACUGAAUGAAAGAAUGUAUUUAUCUUUAUUUUCAUUUGAUUCCAUUUAUUUAGCCUGGAUUAUUUGUAUUUUUCUGAAGUAUUGAAUUAAACUUGACAUUUCCAACUAUUGAUGAAUCCAGUAAUUAUGGACUCUUCUAGUAAUCCUUGUAUUUAUACAGACAGCAAUAUUAUCAUUUACUCCCAGUACAAUUGUUGCAUUUACCAUUUUAUAUAUUUAAAGCUUUUAUAUUAUUUUUUACUUAGAUUUGUAAAAUAUUUAUCAAUGUGGUGAACUGUUGCAGGAUAUUUAUCAUAAUAUUUUUUCAGAUUCUGACUAAAUCUUUAAUAGGGGAAUAAUCAAUCAAGUUUUGUCAUAAGAUUUAAAAUGUAAAUUAUUUUUAAUCUGUUACUAUGGCUCGUGCUCGGUGGUGUUUACCUUAAAUAUUAAUAAUAUAAUGUUUCUUAUCUAAGAAAUAUUAAGACUCUUCCUUCGCUCAUAUUUUUGUUUGCAUGAACAAACGGCU